GAGCAGGAAUCCAAGCUCCAACAGCCAUGUCGUCGUCUUCGUGUUUGGUCGCCGAUUUGGUAGUAAAAAACGCACUCAUAUUCACCAGCGAUGACUCUCUUCCUUUCGCCGAUUCCAUGGCCAUUCUCAACCGCAGGAUUCUCCGUGUCGGCAGCUACUCCGCUCUUCAGGACUUGGUUGGACAAGGGACAAAAGAGUUGAAUCUUGGGGGAAAAAUUGUGGUUCCUGGAUUCAUUGAUUCACAUGGGCACUUAAUUUAUCAAGGACUGCAGAUGAAGCAAGUGAACCUUCAUGGUGUAAAUAAAAAAAACGAGUUUGUGAGAAGGAUUGCAGAAGCAGCUAGAAACACUGAGAAAGGAAAUUGGGUAUUGGGUGGUGGAUGGAAUAAUGAUCUUUGGGGAGGUGAAUGGCCAAUGGCUUCUUGGAUUGAUGAUGUCACGGCAUCUAACCCUGUUCUUCUGUCAAGGAUUGAUGGUCACAUGAGCUUGGCUAAUAAUGUGACACUUAAGUUGGCUGGUAUCACGAAUUUAACAGAAGAUCCUGAAGGCGGGACAAUAGUGAAAACUACUGGUGGAGAUCCUACUGGAUUGCUGAUUGAUUCUGCUAGGAAGUUGGUCCUGCCUUUUAUUCCAGAGGUUUCAGUGGACGAAAGAAGAGAAGCAUUGCUAAGGGUCAGUAGUCUUGCUCUGGCUAGAGGUGUUACAACGAUAGUUGACUUUGGAAGAUAUUAUCCAGGAGAAUCAGUGAAGUUAUCAUGGGAAGAUUUUUCAGAUGUGUAUCAGUGGGCAGAUUCUUCAGAGAAGAUGAUGAUCAGGGUUUGCUUAUUUUUUCCAAUGGAAACAUGGUCAUCUCUACAUGAUCUUAUUCACAAAAUGGGACACGUUGUGAGCCCAUGGAUUUACUUGGGUGGCGUCAAGGGUUUUGCUGAUGGGUCUUUAGGUUCACGUACUGCUUUGUUUCAUGAGCCUUACGUUGAUGAGCCUGACAAUUAUGGAAUGCAAAUGACAGAACGCGAAAACCUAUUUAACAUGACCAUGGCAUCAGAUAAAUCUAAGCUUCAGGUUGCUAUUCAUGCCAUAGGUGACAAAGCAAAUGAUAUGGUCCUUGAUAUCUAUGAAUCUGUUAUUUCCACGAAUGGACCGAGGGAUCGAAGAUUUAGGGUGGAGCAUGCUCAACAUUUGGCACAUGGAACUCCUGAACGAUUUGGUAAACUAGGGAUUAUUGCUUCAGCCCAGCCAGAACACCUUCUGGAUGAUGCAGAGUCUGCAACAAACAAACUUGGGACACAGAGGGCUCAGAAAGAAUCUUUCCUGUUUAGAUCACUGUUAACUUGCAAAGCAUGCUUAGCUUUUGGUUCCGACUGCCCGAUUGCAAACAUCAAUCCAAUGGGUGGUAUCAAGACUGCAAUCAGAAGGACACCUCCGACCUGGGAUCGCGCUUGGAUUCCAUCAGAGUGCCUCAGACUAGAUGAAGCGCUAAAGGCGUAUACAAUAUCUGCUGCUUACGCAUCCUUUCUCGACAAAGAUCUCGGAUCUCUGUCCCCAGGAAAGCUUGCAGAUUUCGUCAUACUAUCUACAGAUUCAUGGGACGACUUCGAAGCUCAAGGAUCUGCUUCUAUUGAGGCAACAUAUACUGGUGGUAAACAGGCCUAUCCUUGAAGGUGCGUGCUUAUUCGCCAAAAGAUGCAUAGUUAUAAGUCAUCACUUGGAAUCCAACUCACUUUAGCAGUAAUAAGAUGAAUUUUGUGCAUACAUUAUCAAAAGUUUAAAUUAAUCUCGAAUAAUUUAUUCCACAAAUCACUGUUAUCUGGUCAAUAAUGCAUUUGAACACUCUCAUAGAAAGCAUGUGUCUAUGCACAUAAUAGUAAUGAUGAUCAAGGUUCAAUGUAUGUUAUUAUGACAUUCACAAUUAGUGUUAUUUUCACGUUUCCAGCAGUAGCUUAGCUUGGUUUUCAA